CCCAGCGGCUGACAAAGGAAGCAUGGCUGCCGUGCCUCCGGACACUUGGCAGCCGCCGACUGUUUCAAUGGAAACCACCAUGGGGCUCAUGGUUUUGGAGCUAUACUGGAAACAUGCACCCAAAACUUGCAAAAAUUUUGCUGAGCUGUCUAGGCGAGGCUAUUACAAUGGCACAAAGUUUCAUAGGAUAAUCAAAGAUUUCAUGAUCCAGGGAGGUGAUCCAACAGGAACUGGAAGAGGAGGAGCAUCUAUCUAUGGCAAGCAGUUUGAAGAUGAACUCCACCCAGAAUUGAAAUUUACAGGUGCAGGAAUCCUUGCUAUGGCAAAUGCAGGUCCAGAUACAAAUGGAAGCCAGUUCUUUAUUACACUAGCACCAACCCAGUGGCUUGAUGGCAAGCACACUAUCUUUGGUCGUGUUUGCCAGGGAAUUGGGAUAGUCAACAGAGUGGGUAUGAUGGAAACAAAUGCGCAAGAUCGUCCAGUGGAUGAUGUAAAGCUUUUGAAAGUUUUCCCAUCUGGCUAGACUGGAAUCAUAAAAUUGUUACUUAUAGACUCUUCAAAAAAACAACAACUGCUGUGUGCCAAGAGAUAUCUGCCAGCCACUUGCAAAGUAAUCUCUACUAAAACUUUCUUCAGGAUUCAUUGUUAACCUUUUUGUUAAAGCUAAAUAAUCAAGAGAUUCAUGAACUAUUUGUCAGGGAUAAAUGCCAUCAAGGUGUGAUAAGUGUUGUUGACAGCAUAAUUUUGUCAUCUAUUUAUGCUUCAUUUGGAAUGUAGUAAAUCACAUGCAUAAAUAAACAUAAAAUUUUAAAUGCCCAGAAGUAUUCAGGCAAUAUGUAGUAUUUUACAAGUCAUCAUAAAUACCUGUUAACCUAGUGCAGGGUCCAUAUGACUCUGGAAGUAAGAUUAGAAUAUUCCAAGUAGAAAUAAGAAGUUGAUUUGUUACCAUUUGUUUAUUAUGUAAUGAUAUAAAAUGUCAUUUAUAAAAUAUAAAAGUUGGGACCAAAUCAUUUAUACUGAUGGUAAUUUAACUCUUGGUCUCAUUUUAUAUCCCUCAAAGUCAAGGACAUGAAAACUUAUGAUACACUGUUUGAAUAAAGUGUGUUUUAUCAAUUAAAUUUUCUUAUUGUUUUUACCAUGAUUAAUAGCUUAGUGCUGCAAAUAAAAUACUUCCACAUUUGUAUAUAUCUAUUCUAUGU